AAGCAGGUCUCCUUCAUCCCCGUGUUCUUUCUGGCAGAGCUGAACUAAGCUGCAGCAUCAUCAUCCCAGGACCUCCAGGACGCCGCAGGCUCUGCAGACCCACCUUACAAACACCUUUGCUGCAUCGCACAAUGGCUGUCCCUCCGUCGUACUCGGACCUCGGCAAGGCCGCCAAGGACAUCUUCAGCAAGGGCUAUGGUUUUGGUCUCGUAAAGCUGGACCUGAAGACCAAAUCUCAAAGUGGAGUGGAGUUCAACACGAACGGCUCAAGUAACACGGACACAGGAAAGGCUUCCGGGAGUCUGGAGACCAAAUACAAGAUGAAGGAGCUGGGCCUGAGCGUCAACCAGAAGUGGAACACGGACAACACGCUGGCUACCGAGGUCACCGUGGAGGACCAGCUCACUCAGGGACUCAAGGUUGCCUUGGAAACGUCUUUUGUACCAAACACAGGGAAGAAGAGCGGGAAGCUGAAGAGCGGCUACAAGCGCGACUACGUGAACCUGGGCUGCGACGUCGACUUCGAGGGCCCCAUCAUCCACGCCGCUGCCGUGCUCGGCUACGAAGGCUGGCUGGCCGGCUACCAGAUGGCCUUCGACACGGCCAAGUCCAAGCUGAACCAGAACAACUUUGCCCUCGGGUACCGGGCCGGAGACUUCCAGCUGCACACCAACGUUAACGACAGCACCGAGUUCGGUGGCUCCAUCUACCAGAAGGUGAACGACGAGCUGGAGACGGCAGUCACUCUGGCCUGGACCGCGGGCAGCAACAACACCCGCUUCGGCAUUGCUGCCAAAUACAAGCUGGACAAAGACGCGUCUCUGUCUGCCAAAGUGAACAAUGCCAGUCUGAUUGGAAUCGGGUACACCCAGAGCCUUCGGCCAGGUGUUAAAGUCACCCUCUCGGCCCUCAUCGACGGGAAGAACUUCAACGCCGGCGGACACAAAGUCGGCAUGGGCUUCGAGCUGGAGGCGUGAAGAUGCUCCUCAUCAGCAGCGACCACCACCGUUCACGUAGCUCUUCCUCCACCCCUCUGACGAGCAUUUCUGACAGCAACAGUCGAGCCCUGAGAUGCGAGGUCGACUCCUGAUCUGCUGAUUCACCGUUGUGGAAAAAUAACCGUUUUCAUGGAUGUUGAAGUGACAUUAUUUAUUUCCCCGUAGGUCUCGGAUGAUGUAGUCGUAAAUGUGUAGCUCAUUGCAACUGUUAUUCCUAAACUCAUGUGAGGAGGACUUCAUGGAUGCAGAGCUUCAGGUUUAUUUGCCUGGAAGUGCAGUGUGUCGGUUUUCCUUCACUUUCUUUUCCCCGGGUUUAAACACGUUUCGUGGUUUGAGAACGGUUCCCGGCGCAGCGGCAGAUGCUUGUUACCAUUGGCCAUUGCUCAGUUUGACAGAUGAGAUCAGUGUGGCGGGAUCUUCUUUCAGCUCGUGUAGAUAGUUUGCAUUUCUACGACUCUGUUUUCAUCUCUCGUCUCAGCGGUCAGGAAGGAAACGAGGAUGUUUAGCAUCUGCGCUGCAGCCGGCUGUUUCCUGCUGUCGCUCGAGGACUGCUCUCGUUGCUGUCAGCAAUCGCUUCAAACGCUCCAUUCCCCCCCAGAUGUUUGCAGAAAAUCCAGCUGCUUGUCCUCCACAGGACCAGAACGGGGUUCGGAGUCCCCAUGUGACUGUCCUCUUCAUGAUAAUUCAUCCGCCCUCCUCUUCUUCUGAUUGUGACGUCCCAACCAUGGCUCAAAUUUUGUCUCUUAGACAUUACCUCAUGUUUUUUUUUUCCAAUGUAAACUGAAGGAAUUCUACUGAGAAAAAUAAAUAAAUGUUUAAAAA